AUGCAGUUCAACAUCAACACCGUGGCCCUCCUCGCCGCCCUCCUCCCCCUCGCAUCCGCCGUCCCCUCGGACGUCAACGCCGUCGACGCCACCCUGGCAAAGAGACAGAGACAGUACCAGUGCGAGACCUCAAACAACCUCGGCGCCUGCAACAACGCCAUUGCCAGGCUGAGAGGUCACGAGGCCAGGGGCUGCGACGUCUGGUCAUGCAUCGGUGCCUUUGCGGCCGUGAUCCCAGCUUGUGGAGCUGCUGUUGAUGAGCUCUUCCUGAACGGUGCCGGAGACAUGUGGCUGACUUUUGAUGUAGACCCUCUCGCUGAUGUCGCUUGCCUCGGAGCCGUGGCCAACUUCCAAGGCCCUUGCAAGGGCUGCGAGCCUUUCUAG